GCUAGUCUCUCUUUCGUACCUGGAGAUUCGAUUCGAUCUUCUCCGAUAGUAAUUUAAGAAAACUGAAACUUAAUUUUAUCCUUUGAUUAUUCUAAGAAUAGUGAUAAACACCGAUCUAUCUCUAAUACAUUUUCAGUUUUUUAUUCUGUAUCUGAGCUAGAUCUAUCUCAGAAAUGACGGGAAAAUCGUCCGGACCAUUUAGCUGAAAAGUGACGGUGCUGGCAUUCAGGCAUAAAGCCUAGAAAUGUGUUUAAUUUCGUCCUGAGUAAUUUAGUCCUGAAAUGACGAGGAUGGUUUGACCGGUAUGCCCCGCCUCGUGGUGAGUGUGCUGGUGCUGCUAGCUGGGUUGACAGGGACCGGGCACAGUCAGUACCAGCUGGUCAGAGAGGAUCCAUUUGCUCAGCUGUCGGGCAGUCUGCAGACUAGACAGGCAGCAGCUUGUGAUGGAGAAAUUCUGGGAUUGGAUUGUCCCCAUGGAAGCAAGAUCGGUAUACAGAUAUUCCAGUAUGGGCGAAGUGCUCCGACUAGCUUGGUGUGCCCCCCUACUCCUCAGCUCCCUCAACACUUCGCAGAGAGUAAACCAUGCUCAGUUAAUCAGGCAAUCAUGAUGGCCGAGGAGAUGUGUCAGGGUAAACAGUCCUGCAGUAUAGAUACAGGGUUCAAUAUUCUCUCUCCAGGUUCUCUAGACCCUUGUCCUGGAGUCAGGAAGUACGCUGAAGUUGCAUACAAGUGUAAACCUUCUUCCUUCCGGUCCCGGUCCGUCUGCGGAGGGGAUAACAUGACUCUCUCCUGUACCCAAACUGAUCAUAGGAUUGCUAUCCUCUCCGCUCUUUUCUCUUCCAUUUCUUCAGGUCAUAUUUACUGUCCUUUGCUCCGUAUACCUGGAUACCAACAGGACUCCUUACCCCCAUCAUACUACAGCACAGCUGAACUAGAUCUUUGCCAAACCAGUUCAGCCACUGAAACAGUUCUCAAACAUUGUCAUGGACAACCCAGCUGUACUCUACAAGCCGACCCUGUAGGGCUAGGGGUGCCUGCUUGUAAUGAUCUUCAUGUUUAUCUAAAGACGACAUAUGCUUGUGUCGACAGUAUCGUCUUCCAACCUCAAUAUCUUGUGGCCAAAACUACAACAACGACAACUACUGAGAAAACGACUUCGACUACCGGGGUAAAAUUUGAUCCUGAGAUGAUCAAACAUGCCGAGUAUGAGGAGAAGAAGGAGAAACUAACUCCUGAUCCCCAGGAGAUUGUCAAGGACGAACCCAGCUCCUUCGUAAAGAACAAUCAGGAGAAAAUUGUUAUAUCUCUAAUCCUUGCUGUAUCCCUGGGUCUGGUUGGAGUUAUUCUUAUCGUACUAGGACGGAUAUAUAGAUCAUACAGGAUACAGGUUUCUCUCUCCUCUAGUGUUCUCUCUACUCAGCACACAGACCUAGAUACCCUGGAGUAUGAUAUGAUAGAAUAUGUUGAUCCUCCGGACCCGGAUCCCAAGAUAGUUAUUCCUCCGGAGACCUUUAUGUAUGGAACUCUCCGAGAGGUGAAACCCAAAGGAAUUCUGAAAAACUCUCGAACCACGGACUGCAUCCCAGGAUCUCCAAUGAGUGAUAUAGUUGUAACAUACAGUGAAAAACAUUUCCCAAGUUCCGGGUUGGGAGGGAGAGAAACCGGAUCAAUGAAUACUCAAACCUUGAGCAGGAACCAAACCUUUAAGCAUCAAGGUCCAAAGCUAAGUUCCUUCUCUGGUUCCAACCAGACAGUGGUUAAAGAAAGUCCAGGGUUUAAAACUUUAGAAAGUAAAGGGGAAUGGUUCCCUGUGUCCCCGGAUCACGGAUCAACUCCAACUUUGGAUUCUCCAGACCUAAUUCUUAAUAGCUCAGGGAACAAGUUGACGACAAGUUCUGAAACUACAAGGUUAUCAAACACAAACAAUACACGAGGAGCAAAACAUCUUGGUUGAUCACUUGGUGAAAUCUCUAGUUCAAUUAACCAGCUGGGAUUUUGUUUUCUUCGUAAAACAAGUUUAAAAAUUCUAUUAAUCAAAACAGAUUUAUGUUAAAUAUAUUUAUAUAUAGAUAUUUUAUAAAAAUUCGAGUUAUGAAUUAUAUAUGAUAUGUUAAUAAACGUUCCUAUCUGUUUAAAGUUAAUGUUAAACAAAUUUG